GGUAUGGACAGACUGUUGAAGAAAUGUUGCAUCAGAAGCAGCCUGGUCAAGAAGUGCCUGGCGGAGUGUCUCGGGGUCUUCAUUAUAAUCCUGUUUGGAUGUGGAUCCGUCGCCCAGGUAACAACCUCAAAGGACAAGAACGGCCAAUACCUGUCAAUCAACCUGGGCUUUGCUCUGGGGACCACCUUUGGGAUCCAUGUUUCUCGUGGGGUGUCAGGUGCCCACCUGAACCCUGCUGUGACUCUGAGUCUGUGCUUCCUGGGCCGGCAUCCCUGGUUCCACCUGCCCUUCUAUGUGUUCUCCCAGGUGCUGGGGGCCUUUCUGGGUGCAGCCACUGUUGCCCUGCAGUACUACGACGCCAUAAUGUUCUUCGGUGGAGGUAAACUGACUGUGACCGGACCUACUGCUACAGCGGGCAUCUUCUCAACCUAUCCUGCUGACUACCUCAGUCUGUGGGGUGGAGUCAUAGACCAGGUAAUUGGUACAGCUGCCCUGCUGGUGUGCGUUCUGGCUUUGGGGGACCGUAGGAAUUCCCCGGCCCUUCCUGGUCUGGAGCCGGUCCUGGUGGGGGCCGUGAUCCUGUGCAUUGGGGUGUCCAUGGGCUCCAACAGCGGCUACUCCCUGAACCCGGCCAGGGACCUGGGGCCCCGUCUCUUCACUUAUAUCGCUGGCUGGGGUGGAGAGGUGUUCAGUGCCGGAGAUGGGUGGUGGUGGGUGCCGCUGGUGGCCACUAAUAUCGGUGCCCUGGUGGGUACACUCAUCUACGAGCUUGUGAUCGAGGUCCACCAUCUAGAGCCGGGGCCCUCUUCCGAACCUCCUGGCCUUGAUAUGAACGCUGAGGGCAAGCACGUUGGACAAAGUUGAGGGCGAACCAGACCUAAUUUACUACCCAAAGGAGUUGCAGUGUGGGACGGCAAUGUAAAGGAAAAAAGCAUUGGGAUCAGUCGUACCCAUACAUGUUGUGGCUUCCCAUUCAUAGAGG